UUGUGGGCAGACAUGUGCCCCCUCCCGUUGUGCACAGCCCCCAGCGCAGGGGCAGGCGGAGUGCCCGCGGCUCCAGCCGAGUCUGGAACUGCGGGACCGGCACGGCCCGGCCCAGCCCAGCCCAGCCCACACCGCCGGACCAGGCCGUGCCGGGGCGGCAGCGCUGUGCAUCGCCUGGUACCUGCGGCAGAAGGGCCCCGGGAGUGCAGGGCAGGGAGCGCCCCGAGCCCGGGAAAACCAGCCAUGGGAAGGGGCAGCGGUGCUGCAGCCAGGACAGCCCCCGCGUGCCUGUAGCGGAACCGAGGGAGGAGCCCUUUUCCCUGGGCCGGAGCGGAUGGAGGAGCGGCUGAGCGGCCCCCCGACGUACUCCAGUAAAUCGUGCAGGACGCCCCGGGAGCCGGUGGAGGAGCGGGGGUGGAAAUGGGUGGGUUUGACUUCUGAUCAUCCAGAAGAUGGCAGAAGACAGAGGACAAGCAGAAACGGAUACAAACGUUGAGGUGGAAGAGUCGAUACUGCAUUCUCCAGGGACAGCAGAAGAUAAGAGGAGAGAUGCCAAUUCCAGCCUAAAGUACAUUAAGGAGAAAUGGGUCCCAAUUGCAGUUAGCCUGACCAUCACAAUUUUGCUCAUUAUCAUCAUUGCAUUGGUGGCCAGAAAAUCUCCACCCUGCCCUUCUUGCACUGCUGCCUGCCCAGACAACUGGCCUGGAUAUCAAGGGAAGUGUUUUCUCUUCUCAGACACAGAAGAGUCCUGGAACUCGAGUCAGAGCAACUGCUCUUUGCAUGGAGCCUCCCUGGCUGUGAUCAACUCCCCAGAUGACUUGAAAUUCAUGCUACGUCAUAAAGGGAGACCUUACUACUGGAUUGGCCUUUGGAAGGAAACAAAUCAUCGCUGGAGAUGGACCAAUGGCACCAUAUUCAAUGACCUGUUUCCAAUCAGAGGAGAGGGGGACUGUGCCUAUGUGAAUGAUGAUGGUGUCAGCAGCUCCAGGUGCUCCUCAAAGAGGAACUUCAUCUGCAGCCAGCCAGAUAAUUGUGCCAGAGGAAAGCCAAGCACCCUGAUGGAAGACACAGCACCAUAUGUGAUGUGAGGGACCAGUACAGCGUGUCCUGAGAGCCUGCAGUCUGUGCCCUGGUCAUCCUGCCUCCGACCCCUGCUGAGGACCUCUGUGACAAGGCCUGUAAACCAUAAUUUGCUACAAAGUGACCUCCUUGCCAGGCUGCUCAUUAGUCCUUUUUUUAAUAAAAACAAAAAAAUUCAUCAUGCCUUUAAUAGAAGGCAAACUCCUUUAAUAGUUCACAAACUACUACAAGAUCGUUUCAGGCUGGACAUAAGGAAGAAUUUCUUUACUGUCCGAGCCCCCAAGGUCUGGAACAGCCUGCCACCGGAGGUUGUUCAAGCGCCUUCAUUGAACACCUUCAAGAUGAAACUGGAUGCUUAUCUUGCUGGGAUCCUAUGACCCCAGCUGACGUCCUGCCCUUUGGGCGGGGGGCUGGACUCGAUGAUCUUCCGAGGUCCCUUCCAGCCCUAAUGUCUAUGAAAUCUAUGAAAUCUAUGAGAAGCAUGUGACCCACACAACUCAGACUUUAACCCCUCUGUUUUCAUUGCAUCAUUAAGAGCAAUUUUCCAGCUCUUGUGAGUACAAAGAAAAUCUUAUCGAUGCAGAUGUAUCCUGUGCCUGCUGAGAGCCUGAAACGCUAAUAAGGAAAUUGUCUUUUCAUCUAACUGCUGUGAGGUCUCCAAUCAGGACCAUGGUGCUGUUGUUGAGAAGGAACCUGGUAUUUCAUGAGUCUCCUGUUCUGACCCUGCCUUUUCUAUCCAAAAUAUUUAGUGUAAUUUAUUUAAAAAAUUUGUUUGCAUUAAUUUUAUAUGUCAGCAGUCAAAAAAAGGGAAGGAGGCUAAGAGACCACUUGGAUCAGCAGGGACAUUAGGGAACUUCUCAAAAAGAACAAAGAAGUGUACAUGUAUUGGAAAAAUGGUUCACGAUCCGGAGAGGAGUAAACUCAUAUGGUCAGGGUCUGCAGGUAUGAGACAAGGAAAGCCGAGGCAUGCAUGGAAAUCAAGCUGGCAUCCAAAAUAAAAGACAACAAAACGUCCUUCUAUAGGUACAUAGAAAGCAAGAAAAAAAAAAUCAAGCUCCACUGUGGGACCCUACUAAAUACGGAGGGGAAAGCCCACAGUUGAUCCCCAUGAAAAGCCGAAGCUCCUAAAUACUUACUUUGCAUCAGUAUUCUUGAAAUCAAAUGGGAACUCAUCACCUGUCCAGAGGCCCAAAGAAUAUGCUGAUGACAGCAGUCCAUAUAAAAUCAGUCCUGAACAGGUACUCUUAGACCAUAUGGCUGUUUUCAAGUCGGCUGGGCCAAUUGACCUUCAUCUGGCGAGGCUGUUUGAAGAGUUGUGGAAUUCAGGAAUGGUCCUGAAUGACUGAAAGAAGGCUAACAUUGUGCCUAUCUUUAAGAAAGGAAAGAGGGAUGACCCUGCAAACUAUAGACUGGUCAGUCUGACUUCAAUCCUGGGAAAAAUCUUCAAAAAAAUUGUCAAGGAGGCUUUCAACCACAAGCUCAUAACUGAUGGGGUACUGAGAAACAACCAGUAUGGCUUUGUCAAGGGGAGGUCAUGCCUAAUGAACACAGUGUCUUUUUAUGAUCAGGUAACUAGCCAGCUGGACAUGGGACAGGAGGUGGACGUUAUCUACUUAGACUUCAGCAAGGCCUGUGAUAUUGUUUCCCAUGAGAUCCUGUCAAUUAAGUUGGAGGGUGCUGGCCUGGACCAGUCAACAGUGAGGUAGGUUAACAGCUAUCUCAGAGGCUGAUCCCAGUGAGUUGUAAUCAAUGGGAUGGCCUCAUCCUGGAGGGAUCAGUGCUUGGGCCCAUGCUCUUUAACAUCUUUAUCAAUGACCUGGAUGGAGUAGAAAGUGCAAUGCUUACGUUUUCAGAUGACACCAAGCUGUGUGGAAAUGCAGGCACAUCUGAUAGGGCAGGGAUCCAGAAUGACCUUGACAGGCUGGUCCUAUGGGCUGAAUGUAAGCAGAUGAGGUUCAAUAGGGACAAGUGCUGGGUCCUUCAUCUGGGUAGGAAGGACCUUCACCACAACUAUACUAUUGAUGGUGGUCCACUGGCUGACACCUCAUGUGAAAGGGGCCUGGGGGUUACAGUCAACCAAAGGAUGAAUAUGAGCCACCAGUGUAACGAAGUCACCAAAAUGGCAAAUAGAGCUGUAGCAUGUAUCAGCCAAUGUGAUACCAGUAGAUCCAGAGAGGUGCUACUCCCCCUCUAUUUGACAUUGGUGAGGCCACAGCUGGAGUACUGUGUCCAGUUCUGUGCACUGCACUUCAAGAAGGAUGUGGAUAAGCUUGAAAAGGUGCAGAGAAGGUGUAACAGGGGGCCUGCUUAGGGCUGCUUUCCCUGCAGCCUGCCCACCUGUUCCUGGGCUAACCACCCGUGUUCUCAUCCACCACACCUUGUUGUUAAUAUUUUAUUAUAGAUUCAUAGAUUGUAGAGUCGGAAGGGACCACAAUGGAUCAUUGUGUCCAACACCCUGCCCCUGGCAGGAAAGAGGACCGAGGUCAGAUGACCCCAGCCAGGUGACUAUCUAGCCUCCUCUUGAAGACCUUCAAGCUAGGUGAUAGCACCACCUCUCUUGGAAGCCCAUUCCAGAUCCUGGCCACCCUUACUGUGAAACAUUUCUUCCUAAUAUCCAACCUAAAUCAACUCUCAACUAGUUUACACCCCUUAUUCCUAGUCACUCCCUGGGGUACCUUAGUAAACAGCGCUUCCCCUAUUCCCCGUUGACCUCCCCUAACAAAUUUAUAGGUGGCCACAAGAUCUCCCCUCGGCCAUCUCUUGUGAAGGCUGAAGAGAUUCAGCUCUCUCAACCUACCCCACAAAGGCCGCUAAUCAUGCAAGUGGCCCUCCUCUGGACCCUCUCCAGAUUCCUCACAUCCCUCUUCAAGUGCGGCACCCAAAACUGGACACAGUACUCCAACUGUGGCCUGACCAGUGCCGCAAAGAAGGGAAGCAUCACCUCCUUUGGUCUAUUAGUCAUGCACCUGCUAAUGCAUGAAAGGUGCGAUUGGCCUUGUUGAUGGCCUCAUUUCACUGCCAGCUCAUGUUCAUUUUAGAGUCAAUUAUGACUCCAAGAUCUCUCUUUGCCUCCGAGCUGCUGAGAAGGAUACUCCCCAACCUAUAGGUGUCCUGGGGAUUCCUCCUUCCCAGGUGAAGUACCUUACAUUUAUCUUUAUUAACUUUAUUAUCUUUAUUAGUAGAUGUUAAUAAGCGGGAGGCUGCCCAUUUUCUGCCCUGAUGCUAGGGGGCACUACCUGCGGCUCCUUUCCUUCCCUACACCACAGCCCAUGCCUCGCAGAUAGCAUCUAGAUGUUUUCACUAUCACCAGCCCCUUGCUGGGCCCCAGAAUCCUACUAUUGAACCCCACCUGGAUUCCUCCCCUCAGGCGGACUCUUCCGCCAUCAUACCAGGCUACAUAGCUCCCUGAACUGAUCCCCCUUUGGGUGUGAUUCCCCCACCAGGACCUUCAGCUCUCUAGCCCUGGCCCACCUCCAGGCCAGCUGGAACCCCAGGCCCUCAGCUCUUGCGUGUUCCUCACAGUGGCCCCCAGCCCUUCAACCCUUCCAGUCCUGGCCCCAGCAUGGACCAGUCAGGGGUCUCAAGAAACUCACCCAAUUGGGUGGGUUACCCCUUGUUUGGAGGGCCCAGAGGGUGGACCUUUAGAGAAUGAGGAAAGGGCCAAAUCUCAAGAAACUGAUUGAUAAUCAGGAAAGACAUAAGGUUAGGGAGUAACCAGACACUUGGGAACCAGCUUGAAAUUCCUAUGUUCAGCAGAUAUACUGAUGGGAUAUCUCAUGGUUUCUUCAGAAAUAAUAGAUAGCUUGCAGCAUCAGGGUUUUGUAUUUUCACUUGUUGUGAACAAGCCUCAGCUUAGCAUGACUUUUCCAGAUCUUACUAUAGUCUUUUAACAGACUUAAGGCAAUUAUUGGAGUGUUCAUAACCUUUGGGCAGGAGGACUUCCACCAGUCAUCUCGGGAAAAGUAUGACAACACCUGUGGUUAGGGCUCCAAUGGGCUGGAUGCUGUGAUGAACCCUUAACCGUUGUUCAAAUGUUGCCCAUACCCGCUCUGACUCGGUCUCUUGCCUCAGCAUUCCCUAACCCAGCAACCGAGUUUUAGUCAAUCAAGUUUAAAUAGGCCUCCCAUAGUGGGACCGGGGACUGUACAGCCCGAGAUGCCUAUUAAACUUAGAGGUGUGUGUGUGUCUUGGGGGGGGGGGGAAGUCCUUUGUAAAUCCAGAUUAGAACUGGUCUGAUAAAUGCUGAGCUGGGUGUGUGUGAACAUGGGUUGAUUAGCAUGUGGAGCACAGAUUCCCCAUCAUGCAGUCCUCCCCUGCUUCUCUGAUCCCAGAAUUCACUGCAGUCUCUGCUUCAGGCUUUCUGUUCUCCAUCUCUCAUGUAAAUGAAUGGUCAUCUGGUUCCAUCUCGGAUGCAAAUGAGGCCUAGGGCAGUUGUUUCACUCUUGUCACCCUGAUCUGGAGGGUCUUAGGUGUGUCUUCCACUGCAUCUUAAUCAGUGUCAUUUGGUGGGGGGGGGGGGAAGAAGUGAGUCCUUUGUGAGUCAGACAGGCUGUGUCCUGUGCCAGGGUUGCCCAAGAACACAGAGCUGAGACGUAACAUUGCUGAACCCAUGUGAUGUUUUUAUGUCCAAAAUCUACACGUGAUUCCCACUUGCUACUUGCCUCCACUGUCAUCAGCAUUGGUGAGCAGUCCCCACUCACCACUAGCUGCUGCCCCCCACCCCCCUCUUCCCACCACCGACAUCAUCACCAGCAUCUGUGGGAAUACCUGAGUUUCUGGUGCAGUGCAGCUGCAUGGUCCUAGGCCAGAAGCUCCUGCUGAGGCUUCCAGCUGGUGUAGGGGGGCUGAGGGGGCUCUGCUGUUGCAGGAACCCACCAGGGCUUCACCUGAGUCCUACUGCCCCUGGCUCCUGUCAUUUUUUAAGGGAACCAAGGGCAGAUAAAUAUUAAUUUUCUGAAUUUUUUAAGGGCCCCACUGGCUGGAUAGAAUAGCCCCACAGGCUGGAUUUGGCCUAUGGGCCAUAUUUUAUCCACCCCUGCUUUAACCUGUAGCCUAGCAAAAGCUGCUAACCACAAAGCAGAAUGAUAUUCUUUAAUUGUUUGUAUUGUUGCUUUUUUGUUCUUGCUCUGUAUCAAUAAAUUCACCUAUUAUUGACUGGCAAGUGUUGUGGUCAGUCUAAAAGUUGUGCCCACCCAGCAACUUCACCAGGACACAAAAGUAGUAACCUAACUGAUCAGAGAAUUUGUUGAUGCAGAGUAAUUUGUUUUAGCGGGGUUAGCUGAAACUUGUAGUAAAGUAGAGUUGUAUAGAAAAUAAGUUAUAAGUAUCGUGCAGGAGAUGUUGUCUGUUACUGCUGGCCAGGAGACUUUGCUGUCCCAGUCAGGCAGAGUAAUGAACAUGAGUAUAUGCUAUGGUCCGCUUGAAAUUAAGUAAGAAUCUUCUGUUGUAUUUGCAAUGGGAAGCUAAAAAAGCAAAGAAAAUAAUCUCUCUGAUAGAAAGGUUAUGUGAAUGAACAAGGUCCUUUGUCUGUCUUACAUUUCUCUAACUGUUUUUGAUUUCUCUGAAGCUGUACUGCUUAUAUAAUACUUUAUUUUACUAUAACAUGAACUAGUAACUUACACUUUAUAAACUCUACAUCAAACACAUACCUGCUCUUGUUCUUUCUGCACAGAAGACUGUAAUUAUUCUCCCAAAGACCUUAGCAUCAAAGGACCUUGUUCAUUCACAUAACCUUUCUAUCAGAGAGAUACCAGGUCCUGCGGACUAUAUGCGAGAAAAUACGGUAUAUGUAGUGUGUAAUUUGUCACCCAUGGUCUUUCAAAGGAAUUUUCUUAGUCUUUAAGUGACUUGCUGGGCUGUACAGCUGUAAAAAAGAGAAAUUUAAUAAAUAAAUUAGUUUGCAAAGAGCAAGGCAAGAAGGGACCACUAAUGAGAACAGAUUGUGAAGUCUGUAGCCCAGAAAAGUUAUGGUUAAAAUCUGUUAAGGAAGGGAAAACUAAAAUUUAAAUAAAACCUAGAAAAAGUGUUAGGAUUCUAGAGAGUUGCUAGAGAGAAAGAGAAAGGAAAAGAAAAAUCUAAUAAAGAGUCUGCAGAGCCUUAAAAGACCAAGUAGUCUAGCAGUCCAAGGAAGGGGCACAAAGAAAAAAAUCACUGUUAGAGCUGCCAAAGCUGGGAGCCUGCAAUCUCAGCUAUCCUGAGGGGGGGCCAAAAAUCCCAGAAGUCAGAAACUGUGUCCAUAAGAAGUAAAGAAGAUCAGAGCAGGAAAGUAAAGAGUGUAAUACUAAGUAUGACCUAAAACUGCCACAAUCCUAGGUGUGGUUAGUGUAGUAGAGCUACCUGUAGCAGGGUAGGCUCUGCAAAAUGCUGCAGAAUAACCACCCUGGAGAAUAGGCAGAGACAAACAUAGAAUGCCUCAAAAACCUAGCUCCUACCUCCUUGUAAGUUAUCCUUCAUUAACAAAAGGCUAAGGGAAGCAUAUUCCAACAGAAAAAACCCUUGGUGCAAGCCAAGGAAAAGAAAUGUGUGGCAUAAAAUGCCCACCACUUUAAAAGACCACUGCUGUAAAAGCAGCCUCUGCAAGGUGCAAGUGUAGCAGAAAGCCCCCUUUUCCUCUUGCCUGCAUUUGCUCUCCCUUCUUUGGAUAUGUUUCUCUUUUUCUACCUUUCUUCCUUCCUCUUUCUUUCACUUUAAGAUAAGGAAUUGUGUUUUAAAAUUUGUAUGUGUGCAUUUUGUGUCUCCCCUCAUAUUUUGGUAUUUUUAUUUAUUUGUGUGCCAUGGCAUUUGUAGCUUAUAUUUUAUACUCCUCACCUUUCAACUUUCAACUGAAUAUGUUUAGUUUCAUAAGUAAAUUAUACAUUGUAACAAUGUUAACAAGGGCAGGAAUCAAACUGUCCUUCCCUGUAUCAGGCUGGCCUGUGAAAGAGUGAGUGAAUCAGUGAUUGAAUGUGUAACAUGAUUGAAUGUGUAACAUGGAAGCAGGCAGCGAUUAACACCUGGGAAGCUGCAGAUCAGCUAACGGAAGAACUCAAUAGAAGACAAUGUAACAACCAGGAAAUCUCUAAACGUCACUGAUCAAGGGCUAGAAGCCCUGGCAUGAGUUAAUCAAUGCAAGGGACCAACUUUUGGGCUGAGUAUCUCCAGAUCAACCGCUCCCAGAGCCCUAUUCUAAAUUCAUCAACAGACUCCCAAACCUGCACGUACAUGCGGACGACCCCUGGGGCUGACAGAUGCUGUCCAGCAGCCACCAAGGGGGGAGAAGUCCCACGAGGGUCAAUGACCCCUGGAUUGGGCAAACCAGAAAACUGGGGAGUCAUCAAAGUCUGCCAAGGACAGAUAAAAGGCAGUGAAAAGUGACCCUCAACGGCGCCCUCUUGAUCUCCAACUCGACUAGACCUGUCCAGCCAGAAGGACCAGCCGGCGACCCCCUUCUGGAAGAUAACACCACGCUGAAAGAAGCCUCAGCAACAGACUCCAGCGCUUGUAGGAUAGGUAUACCUGACUCUGUAGCCUGCUACUGUGUGUGUAUAUGUGUGUGCAUGUGUGUGUGUGUGGGGACCAGCCCCAAGGUUUAUGAUUAUAGUGUUUCAAUCCACCUAAUAAACUAGAAUUUUAAGGAUCCCAAGUUGGACAUUUGUAGCCAACACAAGGAGAGGACAUUUUUGAAUGAGCUUAAGAAUAAACUAACUAUAAGCCAAGCAAAGCCAGCCAGAAGUGUGAGCUUAAAAAUAAACUAACCAAAAGCGGGUAAGACCCUCCCUUUUUGUUCUUGUGUUAUACAGGAUAAAAUCAUCACUGAAGCAUCAUAAACUUUGCUGAAUACAAGAAAGAAAUCAAGUUUUACUGUUGUCACAACCCAAUUAAUCAGUGCCCAUGUCACAAGCAAGAAACUUAAAUUUAUGCCCACGUCACAACCAAGAAAUGAAACUUAAGCCUACUAGCAAGAAACGAAACUUAAGCAUGAUUUAUGAUUGGUCAGAGUAAAAGGGAAUAGCCCUGCCAUAAAUCCCUGCAAUAAAACCCGAGUGAAAACUGUAUAUAAUUGGUCAAGAAACAAGCUCAGGCCCCUCACACGUAACAGACAGGAAAUCUGACCCACUACCUUGCAACCUGAUAGCACAAAGAACUGCUGCUUGCCAGAAAAUUAAAGAUUCCAUUUAGCAGUUCAUCAUUGGAUACCUCCAUUAGAUACCUCUGUCUAUAAAUAGUUUAGAAGCUUCCGCCCAAGUUCGAGAACUCUGGGGAAAUCUCUGAGGAGAAACCUGAGCUCAUCACCAGAGUGACUUGGUGUUCUGAUCAACCACUAACGACUCCCUGUCAUCGUUAAUCUUGACAUAUUAAAGCCCUGCAGGCCCGAUAGUUUGUUCCGGCACCACAUUCAUCAUUACUUGGCUGUAACCCCAACCCGUACGCUUGACUGUAAUCGAUGCAACUGUAACAGAACAAAGGCUCAGCCUGCGUCGCACGUCACUAUCUGGGCAACAUAAGUAAACAAUCUCCUGCAACCAACACGCGUCUGUGCCUGGUUAAUUUCACCCCAUCCAUUAAUCACCCGCCUGUUAAGGUGAAAGUUUUACUGCUCCGGUGGAAGUCAGAAAGCAGCUGCUGGCGGCUGCUCUGAUUCCUGACAACUGUGUUAUGUGUAGUAACUGUGUUUUACUAUGUCUGUAAAAUGCUAUUAUUAUAAGUAAUUGUGAUGUCAAUUAUGUUGGAAUAUAAAAUGUAAAGCAAAACUUCUUGAUAAGCUAUGAAAUACCUAAAAAGUGGCUACAAAAAAUGAGACAUCAUACAGAACAUCACCUUCAUGACCUUGCAGAGUUCAGCCGUACCAAAGAUCAAGAAGGCUACUGAAUUGUUUGUUUUAUUGUUAUCUUUUGUUUCCUUUUUCCCCCCUUGUUCUUGUAUAUAUAUGCUGCAUUUAUAAAAAGCACAUCAAUUCAGCUGCAUAUUCAUGCUAAUGGAAAAGCAAGAAAUUAUCCCUAUGGUAUCAUCAUCCCAGUUCCUGGCUCAGUCCCAGGCUAGAAAGCAAGUAGUCUGAGCACUCUCCCACUCAUCACCAAUGAUGGCCAAAAGGGCAGUCCUUUUAUCCAAGCAACACAAAAGCACCAUCUACCUUGCCAGGGCCAAGGGGUAUAUUGUGUGGAGAGAGAGAUGACCUCUGAAGAAUCAGGUGGGUUUCUCUUUUGCUGCCUAUACUAAUUCUGUGAGGGAAUGUUAGGGUGAAAAUAUUUCUAUCUUGGGAAGUAGUGGAUUUGCAGCUGAAACAAGGCUUUAACCUGUGGCCUAGCAAAAGCUGCUGACCACAAGGCAGAACAAUAUCUAAGCCAGCCAUUUGCUUAUGCUAAGUAACCAUCUUAAUUGUGUCAACCAUUUUCUGAGGAAAAGCAGCAAGUGAGUCUGUGUGAGUUUGUGUGCUGUGAAUGAGGUGAAGCCUCAGGAACAUGGAAGAUGGUAUAACCUGGGACAGAAAAACAGACUGGAAUGUGAAAAACAACACAUAAUUGGUAGCAGAAUCCAAGAUGAACGUGUGCAAAAAAUUGAAUGGCGGUUGGUGAAGGAGCCUCCAGAAGCUUCCAGAUUUUGGUCAAAGUCCACCCAUUGACCGGAGAAGUGGGGUGAAGACCUUAGACAUGCGUUCAUAGCAAAGAGGCAUGUAAAUUAAAUGAAUGCAUAGGCAAUUCCAUGCUAAUGAAACAAACAGUAAACAGAGGCAGAGCUUGAGAUAGGAGGAGAUAUGGGUGGAGCAAAAGGAGGAGCGAGGGUGAAGUAUUCACAUUCGUUAAUGAGUAUAAACCAAAGUGUAUAAAUGUGGAAAAAAACUAUUGUCAGUGCAGGUCCCCCGGUUUGUUGGUUUUUUGGGACCUUUGUCCGAAGCUGUCUCCAUUCUGAAUAAAGCUCUGGUGAGCAAUGUG